AUGAAGGCGUUCAAGGGUCCUUUCCAGCCUGAUGAAUCUGAGUCCCUGACGCUCUCGGCGAAGCUUGCUGCUAUCCGCAUUGAAGAGGCUGCGGGUGACGGGAAGAAGGGUAAGGAGAAAGCUGUUUUUAAAGAUGCUGUCUCUGACGCUGUUCCUGAAGGUGAUGAUGGUUCACAUGAUGAAGAGGAUGACAGCCAUGAAAAUGCGGAAGAUGGUUCUGGUCCGUCAGGCAUUACGCACCUGCUGAACGAAGAAGAUGACGGGCUUAUUGCUUAUGACUCCGACGAAGAGGUGGAGGAAGCCUCUAAGGGAGAGAUCGCGUCACGCUCACGCUACCCGAUCACCCUCCUGGUCCCUGAACAGUUCCUGCCAGAAGUGCCCCGCACGCAGCCUACGAUCAAGGGGUUGAUUGGGAUCUGGAAGGAUGAGUUGUCGGAUGCGGCACAAACCACCACGACAUACCAGGAGCUGACGCCGGCUUAUCUGUACAAGAAGCUUUAUGGUCGCAUGCAAGUCACUUUUGAUAAGGCGUCUGAUGCUAACCUUGUGUGGCGUAACCAGGUUGAGCAUAAGUGCAAGAAUGGUGAUUAUGUUACCUUCGACUGGCAGUACCCGGUGGACCCUGCUUUUGCCAGGCAGAAGGCGACGAACCCGGCGGCCAUUGAGCUUUAUUUCAAGGUCGUCCCUGCAGAGAUCUCACCUGCGAUGCUACUUGAAAUGUUGAUGGCGCCGCUCAAGAAGAAGAAGAAGUCGGUGUUCAAGGAGGGUCUCUGUUUCCAUCGUGCGGUCAACUCCGUCACUGGGCUUGACACGGACCGGAUCAAGGGCCUGGCAGCGGGGAAGCAGCACAUGGUCAUCAUCGGGGAUUUGAACGUGGUUGAGGAUCCAAUCCUGGACAGAUCGUCCAAGAUGGGCUCGGCCGGGGAAAACGACAGACUGAUGCAGACCUGCGCAGCACACUGUCUCACUGAUGCUUACCGAUGGAUGAAUCCUGGGGUGCGAGAGUUUACGUUUUUCUCGAGGGCUUCAAAGUCCAGUUCUCGCAUUGACCGCGCGCUUGUUUCAGCAGCGUUGUUGCCGAAGCUCGCCGACGCGUCCCACUGUCGUCCGUUGAAGGGUCUUUCAGACCACUGGUUUGGGGUGAAGAUCGCCCUGAAAGUCCACCUGCAACUUCACGUGGGGCCGGGAAUUUGGAGAUUUAGAGCGUCUGACGCGGGCAAGGCGGGCGCGGCAAAGGUAGUCGCUGUGGUCCGUGACGUGCAUGGCGCGGAAGGCUCGGGAGAUUUCGAGCUGCUGAUGACGCGCAUGAACGCGGCGCUGCGGAGGUUCGCGACGGAGGAGGGGAAGCGGGUGAAAGCGACGCUACGGCAUCUGGUAACGGCGGUAGCGGUUUUGCAGCAAGAAGUGAUGAGGGAGCCGGAAUGUCAGUCUCGGAGAGACGCCUUGACGGAGAAGGAGGCUCAGCUGGCCGCGUAUCUCUCCUCGGAGCAAGAGAGACUCGCGCUCAUGUCAGGGGUAAAGGAGCUGCGCAGUGGGGAAAUGCCUGGGAAGCUCCUAUCUGCGAAAGUCAAGGUGCGGAAGGAAAGGACCAUGAUCCCAUCGCUGAAAUGGAAGGGGACGGAGCACAAGGACAACAAGAGCAUUCUGAGCGCGGCGUCGGAGUUCUACGCGGAUCUUUUCGCCGAGCCCCCGCCGCCGGGGGAGAUGCCGACCUGGCCGAUUGACCCGCGCAAGCGGCUGUGGGAGGAGGACAGGGAGCAGCUGGAUGCGGAAUGGUCGGAGGAUGAAGUCAAACAGGCGCUCAAGGACAUGGCAAACGGCAAGUCCCCGGGUGCGGACGGGAUCCCCAAGGAGUUUUACAGUCGCCACUGGGACCUGCUGGGCGGGGAUCUUCUCGGGUUCGUGUGGAAGUUCGAGGAAACGGCGAUUUUACCGGCAUCUGCGCAGGAGGCAGUCACCAUCCUCCUGCACAAGAAGGGGCCGAGGGACCAAGUUCAGAACUACCGGCCGAUCACGCUUCUGAAUAGCACGUACAAGCUGAUCGCCCGGGUGAUUGCUAACAGAAUGAGGAAGGUGCUGGACAAAGUGAUCUCGGAAGAGCAAUAUGGAUUCUUACCGGGCAGAAGGCUUUCUGACGGCGUUUCGCUUAUCGCUAACGUGGUUGAGGCAGCAAAAAACAAAAAUGAAGAUUGGUACCUCCUGCUUGUGGACUUCCAGAAGGCCUUCGACUCUGUCUCACGUGAUUUCUUGUUCACAACGAUGGAGCGGAUGGGUUUUUCGCGGAGGUUUGUCGGGUGGUGCAGAGGCCUGCACGAGGGUUCAUCUACGAGGCUGCUCCUUAACGGUUGGCUGGGGGAGAGCGUCGCCGUCCGGAAAGGCGUGCGGCAGGGGUGUCCACUUGCGCCGUACUUGUUUCUCUGCGCGGUAGAACCAAUCUGCCAAGAGGCAAAAAGAAGGAAACUGGGGAUCAGUAACCCGUUUGGCGGAAGGCUGGCCUACCUGGGGUACGCGGACGACACGACGUUGGUGCUGGAUGGCAAGCGGCAGAUUGGUCGGGCGGUGAAGCUGCUCGAAGAUUUCGGGGAGAGGUCAGGCCUCCGGGUAAACAUGGAGAAGUCAGCCCUCCUUCCGCUGGGGAGCAACGUGACGAAAAAGGCAGACAAAGACUCAUUAUUUCGCUGGGUAAAGCCAAAUGAAGCGGAGCGACUACUUGGAGUAUGGAUCUCGCCCUCUGGGGACGCGGCCGUAACAUGGGAGAUUACGCUGGAACGGGCAGCUGCGGAGUUCGGGAAGUGGCAGGUCCACUACCUGACCACUACGGCGAGAGUAGUGGUGGUGAACGGCUACGUGAACCCCAUCCUCGCCUUUCAAGCGCAAGUGUAUGCACCUCCCCCGGAGAUCUGGGCGAAGAUCGUGAAGCUGCUCCACAACUUUGUAUCUGGAAACCACGCGACAGCGGGGAAGCAGUUCGCGCUCUGGAGCCAGGAGUUGCUGUUUAAGCCACGGAAGGAGGGAGGUCUGGGCGUCCGAGAUCCCUUCACGGAGCUGGGUGGCUAUGCCGCGAGGCGGGUGGCGCUUCUGAUGUCGCAGCAAGGCGGGUCUCGUGCUGACCUGGCACACACGGCAGCAGACAUUCAGGAUUGUCAAGUCUUCUGGGGGCACAAGGACCAGAUGAAGCAGUGGAAGGGGAAAAGCGACAGAUGGAAGCGCACCUGCGAGCUCUUCCUGGAGUCCAACUUUGCGGAGAGUAUCGUGGCGUCCACGGUCUGGGAGGUGGAGCAGGAGCUGUUGCUGUACAAUCGCUGCCUCCUGCCGAACGGGAAGAAACCUGCGGGGAGGCAAAACGCGGCAAAAGGGCUUGCGCGAUCAACCAUGCGGGACCUGAUAGUUGUUCACCCAGAUGGUUCCAGAACGCUGAAAACUGAGGAGGAAAUGGGAAGAUCCUUCGGGGGAGAUGCAGGAGGGAAGCUGGCAAAGCGGAUUUUCGACGCAGCCCCUGACGAGUGGAAGCAGCUGCUGCUAACACCAAUCACGGCGGAGAAAGUCGUGGAGGUAUCUGGUUUUGUAUUAAAGGCGGGGACCAGCCAUGGCCUCUGGAAGGUGGUCAGUGCAGAUGGCAACUUGCUAGUCUGCCGAGCAUUCCGCUGCGUCUCUGGCGUGCUAGGUGAUGCAGAGGAGCGUUACUGCACGCUGCAUGUUUGGGAGGUGACUCCUGCCGUCAUCAGGGAGGGGCGCUUUCUGGGGCCUGCGGGGAGCCCCAAAGCGAGGUUGCUGUGCUCACCAAUAUGGGAAGGUGGCUGUCCGGCAAAACUCAAACAGCUUCGGAAGGGUUUUGAGAGGCUUGGUGGGAAGCCGGGGCAGCAGACUGCUUGGGAGGAGGUACGGGGCCGCCCGAUCGACUGGCAGAGGGCGAUAAGCGUGCGGGACUCAGAAGCUAUUCCAAACCGGGCGCGUGACGUGCUGCUCCGGAUCCACAGUAGAAACCUGCAAGUAGGAGAGAGGUUGCAUUUUCUCGGAGCGGCGGUCGCUUGCGCGCAUUGUGGGGAAAGGGAAACGCUGGAACACGCACUCUUCCACUGUCCGCGCAUUCAGCCGGUGGUCCGGGCGCUGCUGAGAGCAAUUCGCAUGCUCAAUCCGAGGAGGAAGGUGGAGUCGUUGGGGGAUCUCCUGUUCCAGAAAGCGGGGUCAGGCUCGGGUUUUCCCGAGGCUACCAUCACGUCAAUCGCUCUACAUAGGAUUUGGGUGUGGAACAACGGCAAGGGUGUUCCGAUCGAGAUUCACGCAGACGAGAACUGCUACGUCCCGGAGAUGAUCUUUGGCCAUCUCCUCACCAGCAGCAACUACGACGAUACAGAGAAGAAGACGACGGGUGGUCGGAACGGUUAUGGUGCGAAGCUCGCUAACAUAUUCUCCACGGAAUUCGUCAUCGAGACUGCCGACGGCGAACGCAAGAAGCAAUAUCGUCAGGUUUUCAAUGACAACAUGAGCAAGAAGUCGGAGCCCGAGAUUACGAAAACGAGGUCCGGAGAAAGCUGGACGUGCGUGACGUUCCACCCAGACCUGGCAAAGUUCAAGCUGACUCAUCUUGAUGCUGAUCAUGUGGCCCUCAUGAGCAAGCGUGUGGUUGACAUGGCUGGAGUGCUCGGGAAAACUGUCAAGGUCGAGCUGAAUGGAAGCAAGAUUUCCCUGAAGAACUUCCAAGAUUACGUCGGACUUUACCUCGACUCACCCAGGUCAAGCGGUGAAGUCCCUGGCCCACUGCCGAAGAUUUACGAGAAGGUCAACGACAACUGGGAGGUUUGUGUUUCACUGAGUGACGGCCAGUUUCAGCAGGUCAGCUUCGUCAACAGCAUUGCGACAAUCAAGGGUGGCACCCAUGUCAAUCUUGUCGCUGACCAACUGACCAAGUUCCUCAUAGAGAAGGCCCAGAAGAAGGCAGGGAAGGGUGCACCGGCUAUUAAGGCCCAUCAAGUGAAGUGCCACUUGUGGGUCUUUGUGAACUCGAUGAUCGUCAACCCGGCAUUCGAUUCGCAGACCAAGGAGACGUUGAACACCCGGGCGAGCGAGUUUGGCUCCACGUGCAAGCUACCGGACACUUUUCUUCAGAAAGUCGCAAAAUCGGGUGUGAUCGACAGUAUCCUCUCGUUCGCGACCUUCAAGGCGAACAAGGACAUGAAGAAGAGCGAUGGAAGCAAGAAGCAGCGGCUCACGGGAAUUUCGAAGCUGGACGAUGCGAACGAUGCAGGUGGACGCAACUCCGAGCAGUGCACCCUGAUUCUUACGGAGGGAGACUCUGCGAAGGCUCUUGCUGUGAGCGGCUUGAGUGUUGUUGGUCGUGACAAGUACGGAGUAUUCCCGCUGCGUGGGAAGCUACUGAACGUCAGGGAUGCACCUGCCAAGCAGUUAACAGAGAACGCAGAGAUCACCAACAUCAAGCAAAUCAUGGGGCUUCAGCAGGGAAAGCACUACGACAGCACCAAAUCCUUGCGAUACGGCCAUCUGAUGAUCAUGACUGAUCAGGACCACGAUGGAUCGCAUAUAAAGGGCCUCCUCAUCAACUUCCUCCACGCCUUUUGGCCGUCACUUCUGAAGCAACCCAACUUCCUGCUGGAGUUCAUCACGCCCAUCGUCAAGGCUACUGGGCCCCGUGGAAAGGUUCUUUCCUUCUACACCAUGCCCGAGUACGAGUCUUGGAAAGAAUCCCUUGGAGGAAGUACUAAAGGAUGGUCCAUCAAGUACUAUAAGGGUCUGGGAACAAGCACUCCGAAGGAAGCUAAAGAGUAUUUUGCAGCCCUUGAUCAGCACCGGAAGAGCUUUGAGUGGAGCGGAGAAGAGGAUGGCGAAAGCAUUGAAAUGGCGUUCAGCAAGAAGAAGGUGGAAGACAGGAAGACCUGGCUGCGUAAUGUGGAGCCUGGGACGUACCUCGAUCAAAGUGCGAAGACGAUCACCUACAGCGACUUUGUCAACAAGGAGCUGGUCCUGUUCUCCAUUGCGGACAACCUGCGAUCCAUUCCAUCUGUCAUGGAUGGCCUCAAGCCUGGCCAGAGAAAGAUCCUCUUCAGUUGCUUCAAGAGGAAGCUGAAGAGUGACGUGAAGGUGGCACAACUGGCUGGUUACAUCUCCGAGCACUCGGCAUACCACCAUGGUGAAAUGAGCUUGAUGACCACCAUCAUUGGUCUCGCCCAGGAUUUCGUGGGUAGCAACAACAUCAACCUGCUGGUACCCAGUGGCCAGUUUGGCACCCGCCUUCAGGGAGGGAAAGAUGCUGCCAGCCCUCGUUACAUCUACACCAGGCUGCACAAACUCACACGGAUUCUUUUCUCGGAGGUGGACGAUGCCCUUCUGGACUUCCUGAACGAAGACGGACAGAAGAUUGAGCCGACAUGGUACCUUCCGAUCCUCCCCUUGGUCCUUGUCAACGGAAGUGAAGGGAUUGGCACUGGGUGGAGCUCCUAUGUGCCAACGUUCAACCCGCGCGACAUCGUUGACAACCUCAAGCUGCUGAUGAGGGGCGAGGAGAUGGAGCCGUUGCACCCCUGGUUCCGUGGGUUCAAGGGAACUGUGGAACACAACAGCAACAAGGACGGUCGGAACUACAUCGUGACUGGAACCAUCAACAAGGUCAGCGACACCGUUCUGGAGAUCACGGAGCUGCCCAUCCGAACCUGGACGCAGAACUACAAGGAGUUCCUGGAGGGGAUGAUGGUGGUAAACGACAAGAACAAGGAGCCAUUCAUCAAGGACAUGCGGGAGCAUCACACUGACACCACUGUGCAUUUUGAGGUGCACUUGUCGCCAGAGGGAAUGGCGACUGCGGAGGCUGAAGGUCUGAUCAAGCGCUUCAAGCUGACGGCAUCAGUAGCAACCAGCAACAUGCAUCUCUUUGACAAGGAUGGGAGGAUGAGGAAGUACGAAACUCCGGAAGAAAUCAUUGAGGAGUUUUAUCACAUUCGGCUGGAGUACUACAGGAAGAGAAAGGAUAUUCAACUGGAGCAACUUCGAAAUGAACUCAUCAAGCUGGACAACAGAGUGAGGUUCAUCCUUGCAGUUGUGCGUGGAGAGAUCAUCGUCAGCAACAGGAAGAAGGCGGAGCUUCUGGCUGAACUCAAGGAGAAGAAGUUUGCACCCUUGCCAAAGGGCAAGGUCAUCUCGAGUGGUGGUUCAUCCACAGCAGCAGAUGAGGAGGGUGAAGAUGAGGAGGAGUCGGGUGAAGAGGAAGGGGGCUCGAAGGCUAAGAAGGGGGGCGAUGGUGGCUAUGACUAUCUUCUUGGCAUGCCACUGUGGAGUUUGACCCUGGAGAGGGUUCAAGAGCUGCUGAGGGAUCAGAAGAAGAACCAAGACGACCACGAUGCUCUGUUGAAGACGGAGCCCAAGGACCUCUGGGAGAGAGACCUGGACAUGUUCCUUGAGGAGCUUGAGGUUGCGGAGGAAGAGGCGGCUCAGGAGAAGGCCAAGGAGGUGGCAGGCAAGCCUGGCAAGGGGAAGGGUCGUGUUACCAAGGCAGUGGCUGCCAAACCCAAAAGGGCACAGAAGAAGGCUCAAAUCUUCAGUGAUGAGGAGAUGGAUUUCAUCUCAGACUCAGAUGAUGACUUCAUGGAAGAUGCCAAGGUGAGGCGAGGAAAGGGCGCUGCCGCUACUGCAGCAAAGCCGACAGCAGUGGCUGCUACAACAAAACCACAGGCAUCCGUACCUCUUGUUCAGGCACCAAAACCGGAGGUGGUCAAACCUGCUCCCAAGGCGAAACCUGCUCCCAAGCCAAAAGAACCUGCUGGAUCUGAUUACGACAGUGAUGAGGACUUCGGAGGAAGCCUCAGGGAGAGGCUUGCAGCCAUGGCAGCGAAGAUGUCGCUGCAAGAAAAUCCUUCAGGGGGAGCUUCCACAGCAGAAGUGAAGCCCGCAGCUUCCAAGAGAGAACCUGCCAAGAAGGCCGCCACAAAGCGACCUGCCACCAAGAAAAUGGAGGAGAAGGUGGAGAAACCAGCUCUUGGUGAUGAGUUUGAAUUCCUUGAUGAGGUGGACAUUAAGUCUCCUGUGAAGGAGCCUGUGAGCAAGGUGCAACGAAUGCGCCCAUCGCCUUUUAGCAAGAAGAGCGGUAUGCCAGCAGCUGCAGCAGCAGAAGGUCGCACCCAUCUCUCCCGUGGGGCUCAAAAGAAGCCGGCUGUGGUGCUCAGUGAUGACAGCAAUGAGAGUGAGGAGAGCGAGGACGAUUUCCAGGACUUCAGCGAGGAGGAGUACUAG